AUGUCCGUCAGCAGCCACGAGAACCGGAAAUCCCGCUCGAGCUCCGGCUCCAUGAACAUCCACCUUUUCCACAAACCGGGCCACGCCGACAGCCUCCUCACCCACCUCAACCUGCUCCGCAAACGGCACCUCUUCACCGACGUGGUGCUGCGGGCGGGGAACCAGGCCUUCCACUGCCACCGCGCCGUCCUGGCCUCCUGCAGCCGCUACUUCGACGCUAUGUUCAGCGGGGGCCUGAAGGAGAGCAGAGACGCCGAAGUCAACUUCCACGACUCCCUCCACCCCGAGGUGCUGGAGCUGCUGCUGGACUACGCCUACUCGGCGCGGGUGCUGAUUAACGAGGAGAACGCAGAGUCCUUGCUGGAGGCCGGGGACAUGUUGCAGUUUCAGGAUAUUCGGGAUGCUUCGGCUGACUUUCUAGAGAAGAAUCUCUACCCUGGGAAUUGUUUGAACAUGCUGCUGCUGUCCGAUGCCCACUGCUGCGAGCGGCUGCUGGAGCUGUCCUGGAGGAUGGCGUUGGCCAACUUCACCUCGCUCUGCAAGACCGAAGACUUCCUCCGCCUGCCCAAAGACAAGCUGCUGGAGCUGGUGGAGAGCGAAGAGCUGGAGGUAGAGGACGAGACGCUGGUCUACGAAGCUGUUAUAGGGUGGAUCCGGUACGAUUUGCCCCGACGCCAUGAAGUUCUGCCAGAGCUGCUGCGCUCCGUCCGCCUGGCCCUUCUGCCCGAGUCCUACCUGCGGAAGCAAGUGGCCUGCGAGAAGCUGGUGACCAGCCACAAGCUGGGGGAGGAGAUCGUGGCCGACGCCGUACGGUGCAAAAUGAAGAUCUUGCAAAACGACGGCCUUGUGACAGGGUGCUGUGCCCGACCCCGCAAGGUCAGCCAGGCCCUGCUGCUCCUCGGCGGCCAGACCUUCAUGUGCGACAAGAUUUAUAUGCUGGAUCAUAAAACCAGCGAGAUCAUUCCUCGUGCCGACAUCCCCAGCCCUCGUAAAGAGUGCAGUGCCUGCGCCAUCGGGUGCAAAGUGUACAUCACCGGCGGCAAAGGCUCUGAGAACGGCGCUUCCAAAGACGUCUGGGUUUACGACACGCUCCACGACGAGUGGGCGAAAGCUGCUCCCAUGCUGGUGGCACGGUUUGGCCACGGCUCCGCUGAGCUGGACAACUGUCUGUACGUGGUGGGGGGUCACACAGCAGUGAGCGGUGCCUUCCCGGCCUCUCCCUCCGUCUCGCUUAAGCAAGUCGAACACUACGACCCGCAGCUGGACAAAUGGUCCUUGGUGGCCCCUCUCCGAGAAGGCGUGAGCAACGCCGCCGUGGUGGGAGCCAAGAUGAAGCUGUUUGUUUUUGGUGGCACCAGCGCCAACCAGGAGAAGCUGCCCAAGGUGCAGUGCUUCGACCCCUGCCAGAACCGCUGGACGGUGCCCACCAGCUGCCCCCAGCCCUGGCGAUACACGGCUGCCGCCGUGGUGGGCAACCACAUCAUUGUCAUCGGAGGGGACACGGAGUUCUCCGCCAGCUCCGCUUACCGCUUCCACAGCGACACCUUCCAGUGGUCCAAAUUUGGGGACGUCACCGCUAAGCGCAUCAGCUGCCGUGCUGUUACGUCGGGUAACAGACUGUACGUGGUGGGGGGCUACUGCGGGGCUCAGCGCUGCAAAACGCUGGACUGUUACGACCCAUCAUCCGACACCUGGAGGAGCGUUACGACAGUGCCUUAUUCCCUCAUCCCCACCGCCUUCGUCAGCACUUGGAAGUACCUGUCUGCCUGAGUCACGGUGUGGCAAAGAACCAGGAAAGUAAAUAGUUGCGGAUCAACCCCAAGCUCCUCUAUAAAACUUUGCGCUGCACAAGGGUUAAACCCUGACGGGCAGAUGCACGUGGAGCUGGAUUGGAGUUGUCCUAGAGAACAGUCUUGUGUGAGCAUCGCUCCAGAAACAUGCUUCCAGGCUGGUAGUUUGGGAUCUAAAACCCUGCAGGAGAGAGAACGUCUCUUUAGGUGCUGAAAUGCUGCGGGGAGAAGAUUGGUAUAAAUAACAAGACACUUAACCUGGCAUCCUAGUCCUUCCACUGAGUCUUGGCCUAUGCAAAGAUUUUGGGGAAUGCUCUCUGCGAGGAGGAUUGGGUGUCGUCCCCGGUACAGAAAGCUCGUCGAGGCGAUGAUUAUGUUAACAGGGAGCCUGUCUGCAGGAGCUGGGAUAGACCGCGCGGUGCCAUGGGGGACUGGCUGCUGCUUUUAGCACAGCCGCCUCCUCCUGGUGCCACGGUUAAUCUGCUAGUGGCACCCAAAUGUCUUGUGGGACGUGAGGGCUGUGAGCUGGUGCCAGAACAAGAUUAUAGCUGGGAUUUAGUCCCAGAAUGGUUGGUAACUGCAUUUGUAAGACAAGCCCUGUCUACAUAUAAACACAGGGUUUCUCCGCUUCUAAUUAUUCUCUGGUGUCCUUUUCGUGCCGUUUCUUUCCUGCUACACAGUGAUUAACUUUUUAAAAAUUUCCACUGGAAUUAAACCUUUCUAAAGGCUCUUGGCAGAAGAGAUGCCAGUGAAUCACAGACCCCUGCAGGUUUUUCUUUUUCUUUCUUUUCCCCUUGCAAGAGCUGUAUUUCCCAAAUGCACUUGUAAUAAAAUAUCCUGCGAUACCUAUGGAAAGUUCCUGGAUGUAGAAGGAAGGGAAGGAAGCAGCCGUCACUCCACGACAGCAGCAGCGCUCGAGGUCUCGAGGCCUGGGGAGCGCUCUCGGGUUUGCUGCACGCUGGUCUCGCAAUACUUCCUUCUGCACUACAGGCGUCGCACCUGAUUUUGCCAGUGUCUCAAUUCACCAAGGUUCCAGACAAGACCUGGGCAGGAGGAGCGCGUCGUCCUACCUAGCAAGUCUGUGACUUGUCCUGGAUGCCAGGCCUAGCGUGGAUCUCAUGAGCAUCUCAUUAGGGCUCACGGCAACACAGCUUCUAGCUUUGAACUGCUUCUGUAAAUCCCCGGCCUUCGGAGCAGGGAGGGGACAAGCACGGGGGACCUCCUCGGGCUGGCAGCUUGGGCUGUCCCUUGAGAUGGCAAAAGGUUUCCAAGUUUUCUCCUACUUGUGUGAUCUCAGAGCAGGAACCAGAGGGGUUUUUUUUUUUACUUCUUUCAUUUAAUAUUUUGGUUUAAGUGAUAUUUACUAAAAGGGGCAAAGGAAGCUCUUCAGUAACGGGCAGCAGGCUCUGGUCUGCGCUGCCGCCUGCUGUGACUUGGAAAGCGGGCAGCACCAGAGGCGGUUGCCUGAAAUGUCUUAACAUGCGACAGCACUUUGCCCACGGGCUGGUUCUGUACCUUUUUUUGUUUGUUUGUUUUAUACAGCAGUUGUGUGUGUUUAUUACUCAGCCUGGAGCUGCCUCAAUAAAUCUGAAUAAAAUCCA